AUGGAAAACGACACGGGCGAACCUUCGGAAGUCGUGUACGGCACGCACGAAGACUCUGCAAUGGUGAUGUCAGAGAAGGUGCAAUCUCUGGCUGGUAGUAUUUAUCAAGAAUUUGAGCGCAUGAUUUCACGCUAUGAUGAAGACGUGGUAAAGACACUCAUGCCGUUGCUGGUUAAUGUACUCGAAUGUCUUGAUUCUGCGUACCAAACAAAUCAGGAACAAGACGUAGAGCUAGAACUGCUUCGCGAGGAUAACGAACAGCUAGUGACGCAGUAUGAGCGCGAGAAGAAUGCUCGAAAACAGGCCGAACAGAAGCUGCUCGAGACGGAGGAUUUGGCCGAGCAGGAAAAUAAGGAGCUGGCUAGCCGUCUCGAAUCACUGGAAAGCAUCGUCAGAAUGUUGGAGCUCAAGCACAAAAACAGCUUGGACCACGCAAGCCGGCUUGAGGAGCGUGAAUCGGAGCUCAAGAAGGAGUACAGCAAGUUGCACGAACGAUAUACGGAACUGUUCAAGACCCAUGUGGACUACAUGGAGCGGACAAAGCUGAUGAUGGGUAAUUCUACCCACUCGCAGGCUGGCUCUGCCUCGGAACGGAUGGAUGUAUCUCGCUCCCGAUUGAUGCCCAUGAUGCGCUCGACUGGGCCGGUUUCGUAUGGAUUUGCAUCAUUGGAAAACUCCACCAUGCUUGAUACCGAAACGCUGUGCAGCGAAGAGGACAGUGGGCCCGAUUCAGGCCCGCCCUCGUUGCAGAACGAAAUUGAAACGAAAGCCACGGAAAAGGUGGAAGAAGUUGAUUCUGCAACGCCGGCCGAGGCAACAAGUUCGUCCACAAAGGCGCUACAGAGUCCCACGAGUGGCGGUGUAUCGGGCAAAACGACCACUAAGAAAGAACAACGGUCAGCAAACACUCUUUAUCAGGAGUUGUCAUUCCAGGAUGAUAAUUUGGAAAGUGAAGAGAACGAAAUCACUGGUGCAUGGGUACAUCCCGGCGAUUACGCUUCAUCUGCUAAUGAUAACUUUUUCGGUAUGGGCAAAGAGGUUGAAAAUUUAAUAAUGGAAAAUAACGAGCUGUUAGCCACAAAGAAUGCUCUCAACAUCGUGAAAGACGAUUUGAUCGUAAAAGUAGAUGAGUUGACGGGAGAAAUUGAAAUUCUUCGAGAGGAGCUAAAUGCGGUCAUACUGGCUCGCAACAAAUUGAAAUCCAAGGUAGCUGAGCUGGAAGAGGAACUCAAAAAGACUAAAGCUCAGGUGAAACAAGCAUCGUCGUCAGCCACUGAUCAGGAGGAGGAGGGUGAUGUUCCGAUGGCGCAACGGAAGCGAUUCACUCGCGUCGAAAUGGCACGCGUCCUUAUGGAACGUAACCAGUACAAGGAACGCUUCAUGGAGUUGCAGGAUGCUGUACGCUGGACGGAAAUGAUGCGUGCCUCACGAGUAGAGAAUCUGGACAAGAAAUCAAAACAAGGCAUUUGGAGGUUUUUUAGUAAUCUUUUUACCUCUAACGAUAGGCCAUCGAAUGAGUCCCCCGGGCGUAUCCACCAGCGUUACGGCAAUGCGCAAUCACAAGCGCAUCCGACCGCCUCGCUGCUGCCUGCCAUGCCCGAGGGACGAAUGCUCAUUGGCGCAGGUAGCAGUGGUAGUAGCGGUGUUGGUUUAAAUAGUUUAAGCGGAGGAUCCUCUUCCGCACUCUUGCGCAGUGGCCAUGCAAGUAACAUUCUGGUGCUUUCAAAAGAACCCGAGCUGACGCAAUCGGAGCGGGCAAUGCAACGGCGCCGUGAUCAGUACCGGCAAGUUCGAGCGCAUGUCCAGAAAGAGGACGGUCGCUUGCAAGCAUAUGGUUGGAGUUUACCUAGUCUAAAACCAUCGGGAGCGUCUGGCACAAACGGUGGGAUCGGUUCUAGUGGCACCGGUGGUGUAGGACGACCGACGGGCAGUGGAGUCCCAGUUCCUGUUCCUGUGUAUUGUCGUCCACUAGCCGAAGCUAGUCCGCACAUGAAGGUGUGGUGUGCUAGUGGCGUCAAUAUGCAGGGCGGUUACACCAAGGACGGAGGUUGUAUUGUCGGUGCGGCCAGCAUAUUCUACUCCAAGGAUACUGCCAGUGGUGGUGCUCAAAUCACCGAAAUUACAGGAGACGAAGCUUCGGUGGAUCCCAAAGAUUUGGGAGAAAUACUUGAACGAAAGCUUCUUGCUCUCAGCGGUCCAACCUCGCUUGAUGCGGAUAGCGAGCUUAGCUCUUACGUGUGGAUUUGCACCAGCACCCAUUCGGCUAGCACGGUGACGGUGAUCGAUGCAAAAAAUCCCUCUGAAGUACUAGACUCGUUUCCGGUAUGCCAAAAUCAUCUUUUGUGUAUUUGCACGGUUCGCGGAGCGCUAGAGAUGGACUAUGCGAUGCUGGAAAACAGUGAAGUAACCAAAUCUGGUAAAAUGCUUGAAAAACCGGGUGAAUCUCCAGAUGACAUUGGUAAAGUGUCAUACGAGAAAGUUGUACAAACUUUCAACGAUACGGUAUCAGAUUUGGCAGAUGAACAAAAAGUUACAGAACAGGCUCAGGAAGUGGUACCCCCAGUCGAUACAGCUGUUGAACACGCAUCCAAACUUCUUCAUGAUCGUGAUCUAAACCAUAACAAUAAGGCUUGUAAUGCAGUCGUAGAAAACAUAAACGUCGCAUCUAAAGAUGUUGUGAUUGCAUUAGGCACGGGGUCACUUGUUGUGGAUGGGAACGAUAACACGAUAGAUGAAGUGGCUUCUUCGCCCAGUAAACAACAAGCGGGAGCAAUCGAAGAGGCUAUAUCAUCGAUCGGCCCAACGAUGUGGCUCGGUGCGCAAAAUGGAAUGUUAUACGUGCAUAGCUCUGUCGCACGAUGGAAUUUGUGCCUGCACAAAGUGAAAUUACCCGACUCGGUGCUUUCGAUUGUGCACGUAGAAUCACGCGUUAUCGUGGCCCUUGCGAACGGAACAUUGGCAGUGUUUCGUCGACAGGUCAAUGGCGAGUGGGAUCUCAACAGCUACCAUCUACUCACGCUUGGUUCUCCCAAGUACUCCGUGCGCUGUCUAACUAUAGUCGGUGAUAAAGUUUGGGCUGCACAUCGCAACAAAAUUCACGUCAUUGACCCAAUAACGCUUUGCAUUCUGAAAUCAUUCGAGGCACAUCCAAGAAAGGAGAGUCAGAUCCGACAGAUGGCUACCACAGGACUGGGCGUAUGGGUUUCAAUAAGAUUGGAUUCGACUUUGAGGUUGUUUUCAGCAGAAACCUACGAUCAUUUGGAGGAUAUUGAUAUCGAUCCAUACGUGUCAAAGAUGCUGGGUACCGGCAAACUAGGAUUUUCCUUUGUGCGUAUUACCGCGUUGUUGGUUUCGUGCAAUAGGCUGUGGAUAGGAACCGGUAACGGAGUGGUAAUUUCAGUUCCACUGACUGACGCUAGCGGUGCUUCCAACACACCAUACUCUCCGCGAUUUGCUAAUGCUCAACUUUCCUUCCACGGGCAUCGUGACGCGGUUAAAUUUUUCGUAUCAGUACCGAUAAACCCGCCCAAUCAUGGGUUACCAACUACAUCGAAGGAUAUGCUGGUUAUGUCCGGUGGUGAAGGAUAUAUCGACUUUCGGUUAGGUGAUGGCGACAUGGAGGCUAGUGUCGAGUUAGAACCGAAUCAAACAAUAGAGAAUCGAAAUGAAAAGAGCUACAUCAUCGUAUGGAAAGUUAGUAACCGUUAAGACGAACAAAACACGCUAAAAAGAAAACACGUAACUUACUUCAAGGUUAGAGCUCAUGAAAUGGAGGCGGGAGCAUCAUAAAUAUUUAUUCAAUAUGACCAUGCUUUCCGUUAGGCAUUCUACAUGAAAAAAACAAAAAAGUCACUUAUUUCUUAUAGCUAACACAAACAACACAAAAUACAAAUUAAACGAAAAGCAUUACAUACACAUUAAAAACAUUCAAAUAAUAUUGAGACAAAAGCCGUAGAAUGCGUGAUACAGCUAUUAUAGCAUCCCAGUUUUGUGUUGUUCUUUUUAAUGAAUGCGUUAGGCAGUGACAGUUCGUUUGCAUUAAAAUACCAAAUAGAUUAUAUCUACACGACGAUACAUUUUUACGUAAUGAUUAAAGUUUGUCUUCAAUCCAAUAUAUGCCAUGGACAAAAGUCGAAAAGAGUUUCGGAUAGAGUUUUGGUAAUUUUCAAAAGUAAGAAAUUAGAACAAGUAUCGGGAUCGAAUGACGAAACAGAAAAACUAUACUUGAACAAACAGUAAAUACUAUAUGUUGAUUACCACUUAGUCCGUUUUAUUCUCUCCCCUAACACGCCAAAGAAUAAAUUUAGUUCAGUGUUUAUGUUCAAUUCGAAACUACAAACAACAUGUGCAAACCUAGGAAAGACAUUUUAAGUAGCAAUAUCAAUCAACCAAUAAGUUGUAACAUGGCGUUGGAAGCAAGCCUGGCGCAAAGCAAAUAACACACGCUCACAAAAAUACUAAACAUAAACUAAAACAGUUUUAUUGAUUUAAUAGAAAAACUUGUUUUAAUUGAAAGUUAGGCCGGUUUUAAUUGUGUACAUAUUAAAACGUUAUGUUAUCUGUAGUAGUUGUAUUUAAGUUGCAGAAUGCGUAGUCGUUUUUCUGAUGUGUACGUUUAGUCAUAUUUUAAAGGUGUUACAUAUUUAAGCCUGUUUUAUUGUUUUUGGUUUAGUACAUCCAAACAUCGCUUAUUCAAUAAAAAAGAGGUUUUAAAAGCCUUUCAAAUAGUGAGCAAACCCAUUUUCUAGAAGAAAUACAAUAGAAAAAAAAGGUUCAAUAAGAUAUGAAAGACAGAUCGGAAGAUUGUUUUAAUGUCUGUAUAUGAGUAGGAAAAAGGACAUUUGAAUGUAGAAAUAAAGGGUUCCCGUUUUUAGCUAAAGAUUUUACAUUUGCAACUUGAUCUUAGGACGCUUGGAAUUACAUACCUAUGAAAUGGUAUUUAACUACCAAGUCGAAUGGGUUUCUUCUGUGUAAUGAGGCGGGAUAAUUUAAUUUUUUGUUCGAAUAUAAUGUAACAUUUUUUGUUAACUUAUCUUACCCAUGCCGAAAGUGUUUGCGAUAAAAUGCAUAAUGUAAAAAUACCUAUUUGAAAAAAUGAAUCAUUAAUAAC